UGUUCCGGGCGCAGCUGAGGAAGCGAGCGGACAAGGACCGCUUAGAGAUGGACACGGGCAACAUGGAGGCCGACAUUGACGCUUCAAAACAGAUUGCAAGACGAAAUGGGUCUGCGGCCAGAUGCAGAGAACAAUCUCAGUGCCUACAGACAGAAUGUGGAUGAAGCGACCCUCAAUCGCCUUCAGCUGGAGAGGAAGGUGAAAGCCCUGCGGGAUGAGAUGAACUUUCUGAAGAUGCUCCACGAGGCGGAGCUGCAUGAACUGCAGGAGCAGAUCCUGGCCCGGCAGAUGCAUAUGGACGUGGACCUGUCCAAACCUGACCUGACCGUUGCGUUGAGGGACAUCCGGGUCCAAUAUGAGAGCAUGGCCUCCUUCAACGGGCUCGACACAGAGAAGUGGUACCGCUCCAAGGUCGUAUAACACAU